AGAGAGGAACGCUGUGUGUUAUUUGUAGAUAGAUACCGUUGUUGGGUGCAUUGAUAAGUUGCAUUUUAGCCAGUGUACAUUGUGAUUGAAAGUGUUGGAAGAAUAAUUUGUCAUUUGUCAAUUUGUCAAUUUAAUUAUUAUUUGCGAGUGAGUUCCUAAAAGAUUAAGACAUUUUUUUGUAGAAUCAUACGUCGGUUCACUAUGGCUGCGUCUUCUGGACAAAAUAAUGAAACCAACGGAAUCGAGUCAAAUGAUUCAGUAGUUGAUUACGAAGAUUUCUGCAAGAAUUUUACAUUUUCGAAUUCAACAACGUGCUACCAUUGUAACGGAUUUUGCGAACUCAAUUUCAAUCAGCCGGUAUGCAUGCAAUGUCAUACAGCUCUAUUUCCCAGUAUCGCCAUCAGAAAACGGCCACAUUCGAUGAAUGACGUUGGCAUCCAUCAAAUACCUUUCAAGAGUCGCCGUUUUCGUCAUGACUGUGGUGUUGGUUACCUUCCACCGAGGACAACAGCACAACCAUCAUUCCCAAGUACUUCGAGAAUGUCACGAACUCCCCUAAUGUUAAGGGAUUUGAAUGCUUUUUUCGGUGAGGGUGGCCAGAACCGUAACAACAACAUAAGGGGUAUGAUUAUUCAGACGACAGCAGUUAAUGGAAAGAAACACAUAAACGACCUACCCGUGGAGAUUCUGUCUAAAAUAUUUGCUGACUUGGAUGAAUUAUCGUUGUUUACGGCUGGUAAAGUGUCAAAGCGGUGGAAACAGAUCGUGAUUAGUCAGCAGCUCAUGUGGAAAAGUAUAACGGAGAAACGUUGGCCGCUCUUGUUUAGAAGAACUGAAACGACCAACUGGUUUAAGAUGUACACAGCGUUAAGGUCGUCAUAUUGCUGUCGCAUUUGUUUCAAGAAAAUGAUGCAUGUGGCAUACAAUAGCACAAGACGUACGAUGUCUUCACGAGCGCAAAAGGACAUAGAGAGGGGAUCUGAAGUGGACGGGAUCAGAAUUACCCCGUUGAAUGGCCAACUUACACAAUUACAGGCAUCAAUUGUUGGCCCUCCCGACACUCCGUACGAGGGAGGAAUAUUUUUUUUACAAAUUCAUCUGCAUCCGGAUUAUCCGCACCAAACGCCGACUUUUAAAUUUCUAACGAAAGUCAUUCAUCCGAAUAUCUCGCGUCAUGGCGACAUCGGUUUGGAUGUGCUCACCUGGAACUAUUCGAGGACGCAGUCACUCAAUAAAGUCUUACUGUCGAUACAAAGUCUUCUCGGUGACCCAUACACUCGGGAAUGCAUGGAACCGGAACUGGGCCGUUUGUAUGACAAUGAUCGACGACGAUUCGAUGCAUUGGCUCGACAUUGGACGAAGAAAUACGCAAUGAUGGAUAAAAUCACAUUUGAUAAUUGACGCAGUUUUUCUUACGUUGUUCAACCGAAGAGUCAAAUCUACAUUAUUUUCCUUAUUCAAUUUAAUCCUUAGAUUAUAAUUCAAUAAUUAAUCAUCUGAAUAAAGAUGUUGUUCAAAUUUCGAAUUUAAAAUCCGCAAUAAAAUAUUUCAU